AUGUCUGAUGGAAACGAUGAUAAUUCGGUGCAAACAAGCACCGAACAGAUGAAAGAAAUAAUUGCCGAAGAAGUAGGGAAGGCAAUUGAAGGUAGUCUAUCCGGGUUUAUAGACAAGAUUCAAAGCACGGUGUUGUCGCUUGUCGAAGAGCGAGUCAAAAGGUUGGAGGAUAGUGUCAACCUUAUGAAAGACAAAACUGGAGAACGCAAAGGGUGCUCAUAUAAGGAAUUCAUGGCGUGUAAACCGCCAAUAUAUAACGGGGAGGUCGACCCGAUAAUAUGUCAAAGAUGGUUGAGUGACGUCGAAGGAGUGUUUGAACGAACCCACUGUGACAUAGGUGACUUUGUUGCUUACGGAACUGGUCAAUUGGGAAAUCAAGCCAAGGAUUGGUGGGGCAAUAAAAAGAAGGAAAUGGGAGGCGAAGCGGCAAGGGUCAUGACUUGGGAUGAGUUUAAGAUCACGGGCAUCUUCAUGGAUAAGCUGAGGUUUUGUGACGAGUUAGUCACCACUGAAGAGCAGAAGAUAUACUAUUAUUACAACAUGUUGAGCGCUGAAUAUAGGGAGUUUAUGACUCCUUCAAAAUACGAGACCCUUACCGAAAUCAUAAACGUUGCUCGGGAACGGGAAAUCGAGUUGAAGAAACAAGUUGAAAGAGGUGAGCGAAGGGCACAAGAUGUGAAUCCAAGCCCUACAAAGAAAGCCCGAACUGGAGAAUCGGGAAAGAAGGUUGAUGCUAAAGGCGGGUCGCCAAGUUGCAAAAUAUGUGGAAAGGGGCACAAAGGUGAGUGCCGCUUUAAAGACAAGUCGUGUCCGGUAUGUGGGAAGACGGGACACACUGCAUCGCUAUGUCCCGGAAAAGUUUCCGUUUGUUACAAAUAUUAUCAACCCGGCCACAAAAAGUCUGAAUGUCCCGAGUUGGUUGGAAGGAGAGAUACAAAAGAGUCUCCAGCAGAAACUCCCAAAGCGAAGGCUAGGUCCUUCCAACUUACCGCGGCUGAAGCAAAAACAGAACCCGAUGUGGUCUCAGAAUUAUCUAUGCCCUUAGAAGUUGAAAUAGGGGACAACAAAAGCUUUAUAGUUUGUGAUAUUUGUCGAGGCUGUAAAUUAAAUAUCGAUAAUGAAGAAUAUUCGAUAGACCUAAUCCAGAUGUCAAUGGGAGAAUUUCAAAUAGUUGUUGGGAUGGAUUGGUUAUCUCGGCACCACGCGAAGGUCGUGUGUUUUCGUAAGGAGAUAAAGCUAACAUCUCCUAGCGGAAAACACGUUACAAUCUAUGGCGAAAAGGGAGGCAACCCUACAAUAUGCUCGAUGAUAAAGGCUCACAAGCUCAUCAGACAUGGGUGA